AUGGAGCAAGAGUCUGAGUGCAGCGCGUCUUCCGCAAUCAGGUCGGAACGGUCGUCGAGGCAUUUCCAGAGCGUGACGCAGGAGGUCGAUGAAGAGGAAGAGGAAGACGCUGCCGGAGAGUACACGAGCGCAGGAGCGACCUACGGCAUUCAGAUCGGCGCGAGCCAAGGGUAG